UCCCCUUGUUGUAUAUUAUUCGUUACAUUUCUGAUGGCGGUUAAUUAUUGUCAACGAAUAAUUUAAUGUGAUUUUUAGCUUUGUUGGGGUUUUUUGCUAUUUACUGAUCAACUAUUUGUAUAAAGAACGAUGGAUUCGAAAGUUUCGUAUCAUCACAUUGAUUUAAAUGCUUCGGGGUCAGAAGAAUUAAAGUUGGAACAGCAUAAGUUACACAAAUCGGAGCUAAUUUUAAAAUUACUGAAACAACCUGAUGUUCCACUUUCUGUCGAGAACAGAGCUUUACUUAGUAUUUAUCAGUGUGAAGGAUCUCUACCAAUGGGAUUGGAUAACAUACGAAACGUAGAUCUAAAUUAUCACGACAGGGUAAACCUAAAUCGACUUAUAGAAACGAAAAUUCUUGAAUUCACACAACCGGUGGUAGAAAAGUUUCUUAAACUUACGGAGAAUAAUCUUAACACCCUUGGGAAUGCUGCAUACCAAGACUAUCAGGAAGUGCUAGAGUUGGAUGCCGAAAAAAGAUUACUAACUGAAAAAUUACUGAAACUUAAAAACCGCAAAAUACAUUUCAUGAAUCUUUGCGCUGAAAUGCGGACUGGUCCCUAUCAAAGAAAUAAUGUGGAGACAAAAAAUGUCGAAAGUAAAGCUUUGCAAAUAAAAGCUGAGACAAUUCAACGAGUUAUGGUCCAUGAAAUAGUUACUAGCACUGCACACGCAGAAAAAGCUGUGAAAGAAGUGGAAGCUAAUAUUGAUACUUUGCUAGGUUUAAAGUAACAUAGGCAAUGUACAUUUUCUUUUUAUUUGAAAAAAUGCACAUUAGUCAGUGAUAAGCGUCACUAGAGCUGUUCCUCGCAGAAUCCAAUAAUCUGAAGAUUUCUUCGUUUCCAAAAGAAUCGAUAGAACAAAGUUGGUAGAGUGCCCAGUUGUGGAUAGCACUCCAGCUCGUACACUCGUCUUGUAUAACGGCGCUUCAUAUCGGUUUCUAACAUCCAGCAGCACACAUGGCUUCAACCAAACUACUGGAAGCCGGGAUACAAGUUCUCCUAGACGCGCGUCACACAAACCUCCCUCUUUCAGAUCCCAGCGGCCAGCUUCCACGAAUAAUCCGUGCACCAAUAUCCCAUGAUCCGGUACCUUGAGAUCCUCGAAAAAUGAAUUACUCUGUGAAAAAGAAGAUGUGUUAGAUUGUGGUGUAUGUAUUUAAUACUAAGUAAGUAAAUAUAUUUAAAUGAUUACA